GUCCCGAUCAGAUCUAGGGGACAUUUAGAAUAAAUAUAUGAUAUCUUUUCUUUUACAAUAAUUUCCGGCAGGUUCUGUAAGACAAAGCCUUUCGGACCUUUACAUCACCCUGCCGUUGACAUUUCACGCCGCAGCUCAAUAACACUUGUAAAAGCGACACGAUGAAGUUCAGGGGAGGAAAUUGAAGGGAAAACGUUGUGUUUUUGGACUGAAAGACUGGACAAGCGGCACGGGAAGGAUGUCUCAGGUGCUGAGGCUUCUCUCGGCGGCCACCCUGCCUCUCUACCGGGCUGCCGGAGCCGGAGCCCGAGCCCGGCUCUCCGCGGUGACGGUAGGACGGUUUUUCACAGCCCGAUACCGAAGCUCCGCUGCCCCGAACGUCGGUCGGACUCCAGCUGACUUCCUGUCCUGUCGCAGGUUCCAGGCGGCUCAGCGACGACUGUACUCCACUGAACCCAAAGAUGUAAAAGGAGGAGGAGCAGGUAGACCAGGUGGAGGGAAGAGAGGAGGAGGUGGCGGAGGAAAAGACUGGUGGAGCCGAAUGCAAAAGGGUGACUUCCCCUGGGAUGAGAAGGAUUUCCGUUACUUGGCGGUCACCGUGGCCGGACUCAGUUCGGCUCUGCUCUACUUCUACUUCAGAGACAACGGCAAAGAGAUCAGCUGGAAGGACUUCGUCCACCGCUACGUGGGCAGAGGAAUGGUGGAACGUUUAGAGGUCGUCAACAAACAGUAUGUCAGAGUCAUCCUGGCGCCGGGAGCCGACGCUGAUGCGAGCUACGUUUGGUUCAACAUCGGCAGCGUCGACACGUUUGAGAGGAACCUGGAGGCGGCGCACAUGGAGCUCGGCCUGGAGGCGUCACACCGUCCAGCUGUCGUCUACAGCACCGAGAGCGACGGCUCUUUUCUGAUCAGCAUGGUACCGACCAUGCUGCUGAUUGGCUUCCUGCUCUUUACCCUGCGGCGAGGACCAAUGGGAGGAGGCCCCGGUGGCGGGAGGGGCGGGCCCUUCAGUAUGAGCGAGUCUACAGCGAAGAUGAUGAAGGACAACAUUGAAGUGAAGUUCAAGGACGUGGCCGGCUGUGAGGAGGCCAAGCUGGAGAUCCUGGAGUUCGUCAACUUCCUGAAGAACCCACAACAGUACCUGGACCUCGGAGCCAAGAUCCCCAAGGGUGCUAUGCUGUCCGGACCUCCUGGGACGGGGAAGACUCUGCUGGCUAAAGCCACAGCCGGAGAGGCCAACGUCCCUUUCAUCACUGUAAAUGGCUCCGAGUUCCUGGAGAUGUUUGUGGGCGUCGGUCCUGCCAGGGUGAGGGACAUGUUCUCCAUGGCGAAGAAGAACGCCCCCUGCAUCCUCUUCAUCGAUGAGAUCGAUGCGGUGGGGAGGAAGAGGGGAGGAGGGAACUUUGGAGGUCAGAGUGAACAGGAGAACACUCUGAACCAGCUGCUGGUGGAGAUG